AUGGAAAAAGAGAUUUCAUUAUACCCAACAGAGGGAGAAUACUAUGAAUACAAUUUGUAUGAGCUUGCAUAUUAAAACGCAUAUGUAUUAUAUGAGAAAGGAUAAUAAAAUUAUGAUUUAUAGGAUAUUAAUCAAAUAAUAUUUAAGAAUUACUAAUUAAGAUGGAUAACGCAUCCUAAUAUUGAAAAUAUACAAAUUAUGCACUAAUUUUAAGAAAUCUAUAACAUAAGUGGAAAUUGUAUAAAUCUAAAUAUUAUUAUAGAAUUUAAAUCAUUAUCAUCAAAUAAUACUCAUUAUGUUGCUCUUUCAUUGAAUAAUGAAAUAACAAUAUAUGAAUGGAAGAAUAAAGUAAUUGAAUAAAUUGGAUCAACUUUAAAGAUAAAUCCUUCAUACAAUUGUUUUAGUAUUCAUUUAUCAAUACAAUUUAACAUUUUGCUUGACUGUUAUUAAAAUAAUUAUUUUUAUUUAGUGAAUAUCAAUGAUUUUGAAUAUAAUAUUGUAUAUUCAUCUUCAAGUUCAGAGCCUAUAAGAACUAAAUUAUAGUCUAUUAUUAAUGGAAAUAAUACUUAUAUUAUAUAUUGCCUAAUAUUAUUAAAAUUACUCUAUUCUAUCCCUAUUUUCAAAUUAAUAUUAAAAUUUAACUUAUUGGAAUGA